AUGGCUCCCGCAAAGAAAACUAAGAAGGCGCAGGAGAACAUCAACAGCCGGCUGACGCUGGUGAUGAAGAGCGGCAAGUACACGCUGGGCUACAAGACCGUGCUCAAGAGCCUGCGCUCCGGCAAGUCGAAGCUGGUGAUCAUCGGCAACAACUGCCCGCCGCUGCGCAAGUCGGAGAUUGAGUACUACGCCAUGCUCUCCAAGACGGGCGUGCACCACUACUCGGGCAACAACGUGGAUCUCGGCACGGCUUGCGGCAAGUUCUUCCGGGUCUCGGCUCUCAGCAUCACAGACGCUGGUGACUCUGACAUCAUCCGCUCCAUGCCCGAGUCCUCGUAA